CGGCAGGGCUGCGGUCAGAUUCGGAUUUUGCCUAUCCCAACGUCAACCCCUCUUCAUUCCCUUGCAGCAUCACUUCCGCCAACAUCGGCCAGCUUUCGUCAUGGCCCCUCCCAAGCCGCGGCCUCUGCCGCUCGCUCCUACUCAGCUGCCGCACAACGCCAUUGUGGACUAUGGCUCACAGAUUGCCCUCCAGGUCACCGACUACCUGAAGAAGAAAGGUUUUACCAAAACCGAGGCUGUUUUCCGUCAAGAGACGGCCUAUCUCGGCCCCGAUGGGAGGCCUGCGCAGCGAAGCGAGGACCCGGGCCCGAAGAGAUACCUUAAAGCCUUUGUGUUGUUGAGGAAUUGGAUUGAGAACAAUCUUGAGAUUUACAAGUUUGAGCUCAGGAAGCUUCUCUGGCCCGUCUUCAUCUACUCCUACCUGGAACUUGUCGCCCAAGGUUACACUGAUGAAGCGCAACACCUGCUGGAAACCCUACGGCCGCAGUUUGAAGCCGUACACCACGAGACCUUAGCGCUCCUGGCUACGGUCACGCUGCCUCAGCACGUCAACGAAAACGAGACGACCAGGCUCUACCGCGAGAACAAGUACCGCAUUCCGCUGAAUCAGUCGCUCUCCGGCAACCUCUUCCACUUUCUAGAACGCGAGGCGGACGAGGGCGGAGCGACGAUCACUUACAUUCUCCAAACCCACUGCAGUGUUGAAACGAGCGCCCGCGGGCCAAUCGAACCAUACAGUUUCGAAGCCAUCUACCGCCGUGCCCAGAACCUUGACCUCGACGAGGUCGACGCUCAGGAGGGCAUUCCAGGCGUCUUCACCGGUGUCUCCAACCGUGAUGUCCUGGACACCAGUGCCAAGCUCAAGCUCGGCCCGAUGCCGUUGGAGCCCGAGUUGAGGGACGAUGUCCGGGCCGAGCUCGAAGAAGAAGACCAGCGGCAUCCACCGGCCGACGGCCGACCUACGCUGGUCGAAGAAUUCGACAAGCGCAUCAAGCGCGAGGAGAGCGCAGACGCGCCUUCUCGAGCGGACCUGCCCCUUCCUCCCUCGCGUGCUAGGGAUGUGGUGAUGGAGAUGCAGAAGGUGCGCGAGAACCGCGACCGGUUCCGGAUUGAGGGUCGCACGGGUGGCAUUGGCAUCCCAGUCUCGGCAUGCAUGUUUACUUUCCACAACACUUUGGGGAGCGUUUCUUGCAUGGACUUCUCCAACGACCACCAGCUCGUGGCUGUCGGCACGAUGGACUCAUACAUCCGCGUGUGGUCUCUGGACGGCAAGCCGCUGCCGAGCAGCCUCGAGAACGAGAAAGACCUCAAGGUCAACAACCGCAAACUCAUUGGGCACUCCGGGCCUGUCUACGGGGUGUCGUUCUCGGAUUCCAUCGCGAACCUCAAGCGGAACAUUUACGGUGAAAACGACGAGAAGAAGCCGGAUACGAGCACCAAGCUGCUCCUCUCAUGUUCGGCGGACGGCCAAGUCCGCCUCUGGUCUCUGGAAGUGUGGGCAUGCCUAUGCAUCUACAAGUCGCACCUCGGUCCGGUAUUCCGCGUUCUGUGGAGCCCCCACGGCCACUACUUCGCCACGGCUGGAUGGGACAAGACCGUCCGCGUCUUCUCCCAGGACCACGCGUCGGCGCAGCGCCUCAUGGUCGGCCACGACACCAGCAUUUCGGCGCUGGCGUGGCAUCCCAACGGCACCUAUGUGUUCUCCGCCUCGGACGAGAUGGACAAGACGAUUCGCAUGUGGUCCGUCACCACCGGCAAUUGCGUGCGUGUGUUCACCGGCCACACCCACUACAUAAGCGCCCUUCAGUGCGCCCACAAUGGUACGAUAUUAGCCAGCGCCGAUGCUGGAGGGAACAUCAUGCUCUGGGACAUCGACAAGGGCACGCGCAUCAAACAAUGCCGCGGCCACGGCAAGGGAGGGAUCCCGUCACUCAGCUUCAGCGCCGAGUCGAACGUCCUUGUGUCAGGCGGCCUAGAUGGUACUGUCCGCGUCUGGGACGUCGAGCUGCCCGCGGACCCCAACAAGGCCAAUCCUCUCACGGGUGGAACAAGCCAGCCGGCCGCUCAGGCGGACGGGACGGUGACGGGCGACACCAUCGCUGUCGGCGGUUCCUCGGAUGGCCGCAGCAUCACGGUGGGCGGCCAGGCAGCACCUGCGGCCAGCGCGAGCACAUCCGGGGGAGGAGUUGGCACUGGCGGAGGCGGCGGGGGAGGUGGUAAGAAGAAAGGCAAGGAGGUUCAAAUAACACCGGACCAGAUCAGUGCUUUUGCGACCAAGAAGACGCCGGUCAUGAAGGUGCAGUUCACACGCAUGAACCUAAUUGUGGCUGGUGGCUGCUAUGACCCCGAACGGUAGGACGACGAGGAAUAGGCAGCUACGGUUGCCCGCAAAUUGGAACAAGGCUGCGAGCGGGCAUUCAAGGAUCGGAGAGGUUGGCUUGGUUUUUAUUUUAUUUUAUUUUUUUUUUUUUUUUGACCGGGGAGGCUGUGAAAUGGAGCCCGGAGUUCUUGGGAACAUACCUAUAGGUACAGUAAGGUGCAAGGGAUUAGAUAUCCAUGGUCACUGCGUUGAUUCAGUCGUGGGAAAAAUUCAGGCAAUUGAUCAGUGAUGGCAGUUUUCAUUCCACAUAUUGAUUCGGAGAUGAUUCCACG